AUGGAGGAAAAAUUAACCCAAGCCAUAGAAUCAAUCAGUCUUAGUGAAGCAGACAGCGAAACAAAAGUAUUAAUAGAUAUAAGUAAUCAAGUCAUUAGCCUAAAAAUGCAAUAUGAGAAAGAAAUGAUUUCCAUUCGGAAGCAAAUUGAAACGUUGAAGGCUAAAGCAGCUCAAGAGAAACAACAAGCAGAAAAUCAAGCGGAGAAUGAUCACUUUUAUUCGAAAGCUAUUGAAAAUUUACAAAAGAAAUAUCAGGAAUUAGAACAAUCAUCACGGUCGGCUAACUUGAGAAAUGAUAAUGACGCCACCAAGUUAAAUCAACUCAUUCAGCAAAAGGAAUCGACAAGCAAAGAUCGUAAAACUGUUGAAACUCAAGUCAUGGAAAAAACCAAAUGUAAGCAAUUCUUCGAUCUGUACACAAACAUCUCUGGAAUUGAAUGGAAUUACCAUUGUUCCGCAGAUCAAAUCAAAGGUGUUAUAAUGUACGAAAAUGACUGCAAACCCUUCGCUUUAAAUGUAUCUGAAAAUACUGACUUUGAAAUGACCAAUAAACUAUGGCAAUUGUUAUGA